CAACUGUAUCUGCUCACUAUCGGGCUGUGCAGUGCCUGCCAGUCUGUGUUUGCCUCUUGCCUCGCCCCUUCUUUCGCAGGACCCGAGCCAGCGCCGCCCCAGGCGGCUGCAGGUCCACGGCCCACAUCAAGGCUGUCGGCAGCCUCGUGCCACGUCGCCCCGCCUCCAUGGUCACCGCCGCUGCCGCUACCGAAGCGGACGCGUUCCCCACGCUCGUCUCCGCCGAGUGGCUCAAGCAAAACCUAGGCCAGGUCAAGGUCCUAGACGCCACCUGGUACCUCCCAAAUGCCGGCAAGGAUGCCGUGGCGGAGCACAAGGCGGAGCGCAUCCCUGGGGCGCUCUUAUUCGACAUGGACGGCAUUGCCGACCCGGCCUCCACCCUGCCCCACAUGCUGCCCUCUGAGCGGCAGUUCGCCGCCGCCGCCGAUGCGCUGGGCGUCAGCCGUGACGAUGCGUUGGUCGUGUACGACAAUACCGGCAUCUUUGCCUCCCCCCGCGCCUGGUGGACCUGGCACGUUUUUGGGCACCCCAGGGUGGCAGUGCUGGAUGGCGGCCUGCCUGCUUGGAAGGCGGCAGGCGGCGACAUGGAGACCUCCCCAAUGGACAACGCCCGCAUGGGUGCGCCCGUGGAAGCCUUGCGCAACCCUCCUGCUGCCACCAAGUACGAGGCGCGGCUCGACGCCAGCCAAGUGCGCAGCUGGCAGCAGGUGCUGGAGAAUGUGAGCAGCCAGCAGGAGCAGGUUGUGGAUGCGCGGCCGGAACCCAGGUGGCGGGGUGAGGCCCCGGAGCCGCGCCCGGGCCUCAAGAUGGGCCACAUCCCUGGCAGCAAGAACCUGCAGUGGCCCAAUGUGCUGCGGGAUGGCAGCACCUUGAAGCAGCCAGAGGAGCUUGCGGCGGCGUUCAAGUCGGCUGGGGUGGACCUGUCGCAGCCGCUGGUGUGCUGCUGCGGCACGGGGACCACUGCAUGCAUCCUGGCGCUGGCGGUGCAGCAGGUGCAGCCGGGCGCCAAGGUCGCCAUCUAUGACGGCAGCUGGAGCGAGUGGGGGCAGCUGCCGGAUGUGCCGGUGGCCACUGGCGGCAGCUAGCAGCGACGUGAGAGCGCGGGGGCCGUUGCACCUGGUGUGGGGCCCAUGAUGCUGACUGGUGUAAAAACGCUGGGC